AUGGUGUCUGCCUUGGGCCUGGCAAGCGUCUCGAGUGUCGCACGCAGCGCCGAGGAACCUAAAGUGGCCCUCAGCCCGAAAGAGUUCCGUUCGUUCAAGGUGGCCAAGGUGGAGCAGAUCACCCACGACACCAAGCACCUGGUGUUCGCCUUGCCUUCCAAGGAGCACGAAGUGGGCACGAGGACUGCGAGCUGUCUCAUGGCCAAGUUUGACUUGAACGGCGAAGAGGUGGUGCGUCCGUACACGCCGACGAACACGAAUGCGGAGAAGGGCGAGCUCCAUCUUGUCGUCAAGGGCUAUCCGAACGGAAAGAUGAGCAAGCACAUUGUCAACCUCAACGUGGGCGACGAGCUAUCGAUGAAAGGUCCGUUCGUCAAGUUCGAGUACACGCCGAACCAGCACAAGAGCAUUGGCUUUAUCUGCGGUGGAUCGGGCAUCACCCCAGCGCUGCAAGUGAUCAAGACGAUCUGCCGCAACCCGGACGACUCGACGCGAGUAGUGCUCGUCUACUGCAACCACACGGAGAAGGACAUCAUCCUUCGCGACGAGCUCGAUGCGCUGCAGCACAUGUACCCGCAGUUUCAGGUGCACCACGUCCUGAGCCAGCCCGCCGCGGACUGGAAAGGCUAUACUGGCUAUGUGAACAAGCAGAUCGUCGAGGAGUUGCUGCCUGGUCCGUCGAACGAGAGCUUCAUCGGCGUGUGCGGACCCCCGCCCAUGGUGGACGCUAUCUCGGGCAACAAGGCGCCUGACCGUAGUCAGGGAGAGGUCUCGGGUCUGCUCAAGGAGCUCGGGUACACCAGUACGCAGGUGUUCAAGUUCUGA